AUGAUUGGAUCUCUUAUGUACUUAACUUCAUCUAGACCUGUUAUUGUGCAAAGUAUUGAAAUGUGUUCAAGAUUCCAAUCCAAACCAAAAGAGUCUCAUAUUUCUGCAGUUAAGAUAAUCAUUAGAUAUGUUCAUGGCACAUCUAAUUUUGGUCUAAGGUAUCCUAAGAUUGGUGAUUUUUCUGCAGUUGGUUAUUGUGAUGCAGAUUUUGCUGGUGAUAGAGUUGAUGGAAGGAGCACAUCAGGCUUAUGUUGUUUCCUUGGAAAGUCCUUGAAUGUCUGGUCAAGUAAGAAACGGUCAACAAUGGCUUUAUCCACUGCAGAGGCUGAGUAUUAG